UUUCAGUUACGUCCUGCGUAAAAAACCGUUACUUGUUAAUCGAUUUGAUUGGCUAUCCCUUAAUGUGACCAUUAAGGGAUUAAUGUUUUGAAAACCUAACUAGUUUUUGGGCAAAGAAUCACAGGAGAGGACAUUAAUGGGAGCAACUGUCGUAGGCCUCAACCCCAGCUAGCUAGGAGAAUGCUAAGCUAACACGGUGGAGACAGGUGACUUCAAACAUGGAGGACAAUGAAGAGGAGCAGCAGGGUUUAUCUUCCUCCUGAGAUGAAGGCUCCGUUCCUGUGGAUCUGGUUCUCCAAGGUGAAGUUGAAGGUGAAGUCUUCGAUGCGUUCGCUGUUGUGGAUCUUCACUCUGGAGGCGUACUCGUCGGCCUGAAGGUGCUUGAUGACAUCAGGAAACCAAACGGAGAGUCCAUAGAACCUGGACACAAGAACAGCGACUUCCGGACAUGGAUGAGAGGAGAGCUCAGGCAGACAGACAGCAGUCGGCAGAUUUUCCUCAGCGGGACCGUUCGGGACAUUUUGUGAGAGCUUGAGGAUUUCAACAGCUGAGGGGAUUCCCGGAGGACUGUGGGUGAUUGACAGGUGCAGAGUUCAUCGCUGCUCCCUGAUUUUGAAGAAGAUUAAAAAAUCCAAACACGCAAAUAAAAAAGUCUCUCUCUCUUCCUCACAGAGAUUGGGUGGCUCCACCUACACCUUUACACCAUCUGAAUUUAAGCCCUGCUGUGAGGCUUCUCCAGUGCCAGAUUAUUCCCUCAUCUGAUGUGUGCCUCCACGAGCCCCCCAGUACUACCGCCCAAUUGCUGCCACGCUGCCACACUCUCUCCCUGGAUUCACUCACCAGCCUCCUCCUCAAGCCCUCACGUCUCCAGCCUUCACUUCUCCUCAGAUUCCCUCCUCAUGCCUUGGACCCUGGAUCCUGUCCCUCCACCCCCCUUCAAUACAUUCACUUAACUGCUUCAUCUGCCUCCGGUUGUGCUUUUGGGUCCACACUUAAACACCUGGUUUUCUAACCGCCACAGAAAAUGUGCGACAUUUAAAUACAGAGAAAGGGCAGCAGCAGAGGUGGCCAGAUUUCAAGGAGGCGCAGUGCCACGCCUCUGGACGUGCCUCUGUUUUAUUAGUUUUCAGAAGGACUUCUCACCACUAGAAAACCCCUCCCCUCCUCAGGCAGUGUUGAAGAGUGAUUGUCCCAUGACUCCGCUGAACUGCGUCCGACUCUCUAACCCAUGACAUGGCUGAGAGCCCUCAUCUCCAGCAUCCCUCUGAACCACCGCUGUUUGAGUUAUGGGAGGUGUAUGUGUAUAUGUGUGUAUGUGUGUAUGUGUGUGUUAGUGUAAAAGGUGUGUGUGAAAUCACAAAUGGAUUAUCACUUGACUCGUGGUUAACAUAACAGGCUUUAGUCAAGUAGGGUAAGAAGACAGAGAAUGUGUUAUGUCACUCAGUAUAAUGGUGUUAAAUAUUUUAAAGUCUUAAAUUGAGUCUCUUUAUCAGGCUGUUAAUGUCAUUAAAUCAUAGAAAACUUCAACUAUUUCUAAUUGUGAGCAUAAAAUUGUCAUCAUUGAAUGUAGAAACCUCAAAACCUGAAGCCAUGUGCACACAAUCUGGAUGUGCUAAUCGAUUAUUUAUACAAGCUUAUAAUAAUUUGACCACACUUGCAUAAUGUUCCCAUGAACAGGACUCAUACAGUAAAUAUCUGCACCACACUUGUUGCCCCGCCUGUAGUCCUUACGAGGUUGUUGAUCCAGUGGAGUCUCCUUGAGGUGCAGCUGGGACAGGAUGAGGCGCUCAGAAUUAAGAUGAGGUGUUUAAUGCCAUCAAGAUUCUCUGGAACGAUCUGUCCGAGGAAGUCAGAGCGCCAUAAUAAACAGGAGGGGGGGGGAGCCUGUCUUCCUGGAGGGGGAGGAGCCUGUCUUCCUGUUUAGGAGUGGAUUUGGUGACGUCAGCCCGGCCAGCGCCCCUGCGCACCACACAAGUUGAAGCACGCGCUCUACCAACCCGAGAAGAAGGAGAAGAAGAAGCUCGAGACGUCAGUUGAACAUGGCGUUGAUCUGCAGAGCUGUUACAGGUCUACAGAGAGAAACCAGCACCGACACGACCUCUGAGGGGGUCUGAGGGACUACAGAGAACACCUACAUUCGACCGGGGACGGUUCCCUGAGCUUAUUCUGCUGUAACUGAUCAUUUUCUGCCUCUUCACGGACUGUCACAGGAGGCACAGCUAACCUUUCAUUACCUGGACCUAGCUUGACCACAGAAUGUGGACCAGCUAACUGGAGCCAACUGGUUAUUGAUCCUCUCAACCACCACCCCCUUCCAGAUAUUUGGGUUAACUCCUCGUCUGCUCAGAGUGUUAGCCUGCACAGCAUCAAGGGAAUGUCUGACAACCAGAGCUGGAACUCUUCUGGUUCCGAGGAGGACAUGGAGCCCAGAGAGGAGUCUGGACAUCUGGUUGGUGUCGUCGACUUGAACGGAGUCCUCAGUAAGUGGACAAACUACAUCCAUGGCUGGCAGGACCGCUGGGUCGUCCUGAAGAACAACACACUGAGCUACUACAAGUCUCAAGAUGAGACCGAGUACGGCUGUCGAGGCUCCCUCUGCCUAAGCAAAGCUGUCAUCACUCCCCAUGAGUUUGAUGAGUGCCGACUGGACAUCAGUGUGAACGACAGCGUGUGGUACCUGCGAGCACAAGACCCAGAGCACAGACACCAGUGGAUCGACGCCAUUGAACUUCACAGGAGUAUCAGAGAGGGGAGGCCAGAGAAGGGAGGAGUCCAGGGAACAAUAAUCAUCCCUCCACCACUGGCUGAUUCUGGAUAUGGCUCAGAGUCCAGUCUGCGGAGACAUGGCUCCAUGCUGUCUCUCACCUCGGGCACCAGCGGCUACUCCGCCACCUCCACGUCCUCCUUCAGGAAGGGCCACAGCCUGAGGGAGAAGCUGGCAGAGAUGGAGACAUUCAGAGACAUCCUGUGCCGGCAGGUGGACACGCUGCAGAAACACUUCGACAGCUGUGCGGACGGCGUGUCGAAGGAUGAGCUGCAGAGGGAUAAAAUCGUGGAGGACGAUGAAGACGACUUCCCCAACACUCGGACAGACGGAGAGUUUCUGCACAACAACAGCAACAACGGCAGCAAAGAGAAACUGUUCCAGUCCUUGACUCCCAAGGGAAUCAACGGCAUAGAUUUCAAGGGUGAGGCCAUCACAUUCAAGGCCACCACGGCGGGGAUCCUGGCCACCCUGUCCCACUGCAUCGACCUCAUGGUGAAGAGAGAGGACAGCUGGCAGAGGAGACUGGAUAAGGAGAUGGAGAAGAGAAGAAGAAUAGAGGAGGGCUACAAGUCAGCGCUCAAUGAGCUGAAGAAGAAGUCUCAUUUUGGAGGUCCAGAUUACGAGGAGGGUCCAAACAGCCUCAUCAAUGAAGACGAGUUCUUUGACGCGGUCGAAGCUGCUCUGGACCGACAGGACAAGAUCGAAGAACAGUCUCAAACAGAGAAGACCAGGAUUCUGAGAUCCAGCCCCGUCCCCCCUGCAGACGUGUACUCCACCUCUGGCUCGCACAGAUUCUCCGAAAAGCCUCAUAGUCAGUCCUCCCCUGCUCUGAUAGUCAGCGCCCCUCCUCAUCCUGUCCACAGAUACAGCACAGAGGUGGAGGAGAUGGUGCAGAAUCACAUGACCUACUCUCUGCAGGACGUGGGAGGAGACGCCAACUGGCAGCUGGUUGUGGAGGAGGGAGAAAUGAAGGUGUACCGGAGAGAGGUGGAGGAAAACGGGAUCGUUCUGGACCCGCUGAAGGCCACUCACUCAGUGAAGGGGGUCACAGGUCACGAGGUGUGCCACUACUUUUGGGACACUGCGUACCGCAACGACUGGGAGACAACAAUUGAAAACUUCAACGUUGUGGAGACGUUGUCAGACAGCGCUGUGGUCGUUUAUCAGACUCACAAGCGGGUGUGGCCUGCGUCUCAGAGAGACGUCCUCUACCUGUCCUCCAUGAGGAAGAUCCUCGCCAACAACGAGAACGACCCCGACACCUGGCUGGUCUGUAACUUCUCCGUGGAUCACGAUGACGCUCAGACGACCAGCAGGUGUGUCCGUGCCAAAAUCAACAUCGGCAUGAUCUGUCAGACUCUGGUGAGCCCACCGGAGGGCGACAGAGAGAUCAGCAGAGACAACAUCACCUGUAAAAUCACCUACGUCGCUAAUGUGAAUCCUGGAGGUUGGGCCCCGGCCUCUGUCCUCCGCGCCGUGGCGAAGAGAGAGUACCCCAAGUUUCUGAAACGGUUCACCUCCUACGUCCAGGAAAAGACCGCUGGAAAGCCCAUCUUGUUCUGAGGCCUGCAGCUUGGAGACGUCUGAGGACCGUCUGCUGCUGUGACCACAUGAAACUCCAACUUCCUUCUAAAUUCAUAGUAAUGUAACGGUGACAACAGCGCCCUCUGGUGGCCACUUUUCUUCCCUCUGAUCACACAGUAAUCAUCUUAAGGUUGAUUACUGUUUUCUUCCCCCUGAUUCAAAAUGUGGAAUCAUUUAAUGGUGGAGUUUAUGAACCCAGAAUCACGACAUGAACCACAUCGAGUCCUCGCAGCAGCUCCUCAGUCGAUGCCAUAUUUCCCGUUCAUGCAGAGGCCUGACGUCCGCUCCUCUCUUUUCUUACAGAUAUAUUAAUAUAUAAAUGUACGUAUGUUCAAUAAGAGGUUUGUACAAAGAAACAGAUCUUUGCUAAUAGACUGAGACGUUUUAUCUUUGCCA